ACUCCAAAGCUGGCUUGUACUUUGCUCCCGUAUUCUCACACAUGCACACCCGAGACAUACAGCAUUAGAAACAAACCAAUAGAUUGAUCUCCAUCUGCUCGCCGGCGACUGUAAUCCGAUGGGACUGAACGAAGAUGAAGAGACAACGGGGAAAGACUCGAAGGGGAAAGAAAUAGCAGCUGGAAACAGAAGACGAAUCACAAGGCCCCCACUCAAUUUCUUAGCGAUUCUCUACGAACACCGCAUAGCCGUUGACACUUCUCGUCCUGACCAGCUCUGUAAACGGCUUUAUGGUGGUGUUUACUUGAAGCCCAACCAACUGAAGUACUAUGUUGAUAAGAAGACAAACAAGAAUUGCUUCGUGUUAUAUGCCAGAGAACUCAUCAUCGUCCAUGGUGGAAAUCCUCAAUAUUGGGAAUGGGAGAAUGAUAAGGGAACAAGUGGGGAAGACAUUGAAGUGGCUAAGCUAUCGGCUGUAUGUUGGAUAGACAUCAAAGGCUAUAUCCGAACAAUUAAUCUCUCUCCAGGAACUUUGUAUGAAAUCGUAUUUGAAGUGAAGAAAUUUGUUGGCUGGGCGAACUCAAACUUCAGUUUCGAUCUUGUCAUCAAACCCCAGCACUCGAAAGCUUUGACGCGCACUGAAAGUUUUGAAAGAAAGCUUUUGGAUGAUUGGUUUGAGUUGCGGGUAGGUGAGUUUUGGAUGUCACCAGAGUAUGUUGGAAACAUGGAAUUCGGUUUGGAGCAGCAUGAUGGGAGCUGGAAGAGUGGGCUUGUCGUGAAAUGUGCUAUCAUUCGACCUAAAGAAGUAACCACAUGAAAUCUCGGGUGCUAUUGAGAUUUAUGCUUGGUAGAUGUUAAGUUGUGUUUGGGUUGUUUAUUGUAAAGUUUAUGUGAUUGAGUUGGGAAAAA